CGAAAGACUGCCGCAAUUGACGAGCACGUUUUUUAGGAACGAAACAUUUCACAAUUUAGGCUUGGAGGAAUUCGCGGUGGCGGACUUGCGGGAGUCUCUCCUCGCCCACCCGAAGAAAGUUCUGCAAGACGAGCGGUUCCUAUCAAAUGCAAAAAUGUCUGUGUCUGGAAGAUUCUCAGAUUUGUCAUGCAUAUUUUCCAUGAGCCAUGACGUCUGUGAUGCAUGCCGUAGCAUCACAGAUUUUUAGAGGGCUUUGCGAUACCUCUACCGCAUGAGAAAUGCCCUCUCCGCGUAGCACAAAGUGGAGUCCUCUUGCUGGUCUUGCAAUACAAAUUUUUUUAGAAUCCAGAGACAGCGUCACAAGUUUAGAAUGUUCCAGACCCCGACAUUUUUGCAUUUUAUAGUUCCGGUUCUGGGACAAAAUCACGCGGGUGUUUGACUACUUCGAACUGGCGACCAACGCGAAGUGCCCACUGGCGGGGGUGUAUCAAAUGUAAAAAUGUCUGGGUCUGGUGGAAACUUGUGAUGCUGGGUGGCGUCUCAUGAUGAGGCUACAGAUGCUGGCUCAGCAUGACAAGUUUCUGAGCUUCUAGGUGUUGCCUAUUCUGCAUGACAAACUGCGCUUCUGCAUCACAGAAAAACGGAGCUCUUGGGUAACGUGCAUGACAGAUAGAUUUAAGAGUCAUGCCAGACAAGCAUGACAAACAUGAAUUCUUCCAGACCCAGACAUUUUUACAGUUGAUAGGGUGGUGUUCCGCUCGAUGCAGUACACGAUGCCGGAGUUCGAGUUCAUGCUGCCGCUGUACUAUCAAAAGGAAAAAUACCCCCUUCCCAUAUCGAAAAGGUAUGUUGCCGAAAAUUUGUGUUGCUGAUUUGAGGUCACAAAUCACCUCUGUCUUGCAAGAAGACAAGGGCAGAAGCUUCCGCCCCAUUAUGGAAGCGAUUUGUCAUGCUGUUGGGCCUAAAGCUGAGCCGUUUGCCAUGCUGAACAACUAGACCCCUACGCCCCUACCUAGCUUGGGGAUCUGGCCGCAAUGCCUCUCUGCAAUACAAACCUGAUUUGUGUACACAAAUCCAGCAUUAGAAAUAUCGUUUUGAUAUGGGGAGGGGGGAUGUUUCCUUUCGAUAUGUACCUGUUCAUCUACAUGCCCUACAGCUACGACUUGUACGGGCAGUACCUGUACUAUGGAAGCGUCAGGAUUGAAAUCGACAAAGUUGAAAUGAUUUGUCAUGCAUAAAAUGCAAGGCAUGGAGUGCCUGUCUUGCCGGGAUGGCAAGUGAGGCCGAUUGUGAGCCUGUUUAGGGUUUGAAAUAGAGCUGCUAAAGUAGCAUGGCAAAAGACGCCUUCUGACCCUAAACAGCAUCACAAACUGGAUUUGGACGGUCCCGAAAUUUGUCAUGCACCGCUUGGAAAUUAGGCUUCCAACUGGUAUCGAUUUUAUGCAUUACAGGUUAUUUCAACUUUGUCGAUUUCAAAUCUGACACUUCCAUAUGUACGAAAAGAUCAUGGACCGACUGCUGGUCUUGCCGCCUCCAUCCAAAUUGAUGCCACAGCAGGAAGUGGAGGACCGGGUAAACGUGAUUAGCCGGCUCGUCGUCACCAAGGACGUCGGCGCGGUGGUGACCGGAAAGGGGUGUAAGUUGCGCAAGGAACAACAACGCCGAGGAUCUGUCGGAACUUCCACAACAAGUCCUGAGGACGAGGACCACAUCAAAACCGAGAGGGCAUCAUUUUCCUUUGCCGACUUCGCAAAAAACCGAAAGAAUAUUAAGCUGGAUCCAGAGGAAGCGCUACGGGAGUUUCUCGAAGAGAAUAAAUCUUCGAGUGAAGAAGAUUACUCCUCCUCUACAAGAAUUUCAUCUCGUCCCAGGGGCCAGGAACAACAAGAGCUGUUCGACUGCUUAAGCGACGAAACCCAGGUGCAGUACCUGUACAAGCCCGAAGAAGAAUCUCCAGCAGCCCAGGUGGUCGAGCUCGCGAUCGGUGGCGACCUGGCAAGUGCGAUUCACGCACAGUGCUUGAGCAGAGCCCUGGUUUUGCUGGAGGCAGCCGGGAUGGCGUGGUUCCUCUUCGCCUACAUAGCCAUGAAAGACAAGGCGUUCGCCCACUACCAGAAAUGGCGCGACCAGGUCUGCAUUCCGGCACUGUUGCGGCAGAGUGAGAUGAAAAAGGGCAUCGAUUUGCAGAAAUUGCAGAAAUAUAAUCCGGCUGAUGUGCAUCAUGGCGAAUUUGUAGAAGAUGGAGAACUUCUACGCUCAGAUGACUCGACAACACUGAAGGAACACGAACAGGAAGUGGAACAACCCGACACGUUGCAAAAUGACCGUACCACAGCUCCGGAUCAACCUACUUCGCAGUCCAAAUACAAGGCCUCCAUCCGGCCGCGGAAGAAGCGCAGUGUGACCAGCGAGAAAAAGAUCAAUCCAGCGAAGCCAGCACUUGUUGCAGAAACUGAAACGAGCGUCGACAAGAACCAGUCUUCGAAAGGAGACUCUUCAAGCACACAGCAAGAGGAACCUGCUGCUGCGGAGAAAAGGAAGCUUGUCCCAAGAAGUAAAGAAAAACUACGCCGGGUAGCUGCAGCUGGUGCAGCUGUUAACCCAGAAGUAUUCGCCGUUCAGGAGAAAAUUCUCACCUCUCCCACCACGCUCCACUUAGGUUCCUCUGCCAGCAUGCUGAAUCUGCUACAGUGGCUGAUGUUGUUCUUUUCCCAGAUUCUCGGCAACAGCUUCUUCCGCAGGGAGAGACUAAACGCUUUGGUCAUGGCGGGGGGGAGCGCAGCAAAAACAUCCCGGCACGACGACGACUGGAGCCAUACGUUUGAAUUGGCCGCGCAGGCGGUCUAUGAAAUGCAAAAAUGUCUGGGUCUGGAAACUUGUGAUGCUGUGUUGGGAAUAGUGAAUGCUCUGUAAUGCGCAGCCAAGCAUGAGAAAUAUCUGCAGUCCUUUAUGUUACGUUUUUCGCAUGAGAAACUGCGUUUUUGCAUGACAGGCAAAAGGGCGGAAAAGGGUCUCUUCUUGGACACGCAUCACAAACUUUUUUGUCAUGCCAGACAAGCAUGAGAAGCCUGGAUUCUUCCAGACCCAGACAUAUUUGCAUUUGAUACGGUCGGGCUGUUCGAUUCGAUCAUGCGCAAAACCGUGCCCGUAUCCUGUGCAAAAGUAUCGUAUUCGUAUAAAUGCAAGUCUUGCAUCACAAAUCUUUCCUUGUUGCCUGAGAUCCAACAAAUCUAGAAUAGGGGGAGCUAUGCCGUAGAGUAGAAGAUGCGAUAAUUCACAAUCAUUUUACCACCACUGACACCACGUCGGUAUCUCCCCCGACUCCCUGAAGAGGAGUUUCGAAAGAAGUAGAUAAACACCCGAGCGUGGCGGGUCCGCUGUGCCUCCCUUUAUAGUAGCCUACUAGAUCUCAGGCCCCCCUUUACACUAGCCGAGAUCUCAGAACCAGCGCCCCGUGCUGCCGAGUACCCCUCCUAAAAAUGACCUCCUCCCCGCCCGGACACGGUGCCUGAAUCCUGCAGCAGUCGUCCACGCACCAUCCUGCGCAGCAGCAAGGUCCUCGCUUAGCCUGACGGGCAUGGGCAGCAACUUCUCCAUGUUCGCGGCGUCGCCGUUUACCGUCCUGCGGGUGUCCUGAGGAGCGGUAAAUAGUAGUCGUGCCGUACAACCGCAAUCCGGGGAGGCGAGAGUCGGCUACCACAGAGCGGAAUGGAACGGUAGGAGUCUCCUCAAAUGCGGCAGGGCUAGAGGAAUUUUCAGCGGUAAGCCCAACAGGCGGCUUACUCCCGUAGCACUCAACAACAGAUGUGUAGGGGCACUCAACAACAGAAGCGUUGCUGCAAAUUCCUCGGCCCCAAGCAUUUGCCCCAGCGGCGACAGCCAGCGAAGUGGUAGAAGGAACGAGUGGCGCGGCGGAUAGACCAGCGGCAAGGACACGCCAGAGCCCGGCAAAGGUCUCUCGUCCCCCCCAGUCCACAGAAAGGGCCGCAGUUCUUCAAUUUCCGCAUCUAUGUCCUGUAGUUGCACUGCGUGGAAGCUCUAAAACGCCCUUGCUGUAGAUCUACGAGAUCACCAUACGGCUUGGGUCUGUUAGCUUCCAUACAUUGAUCUCAUUGUAUAGCAGGUUUCUGGGGGUCUGUGUAAUCCAAUCACGGAUUCCCUGUCUGCUUCUAUUACAGUUGUGAGCGCAAAGUAUGGUCAGAAAAAUAUAAGAGUGCCCGGGGAUGAAGAAAUACUCGCGAUGUUUUCGCGGUUCUGACCCUAUGCCGCUCCAGCGCCUGCGGAGGCUUGCUUCCCCAGUGAUAAUGGACAAUGGCAAUGUCGGUGCGGUUGUUUUAGCAUCACAAAUCUUUCCUUUAAGUUGUAUCAGCAUUACAAAUUUUAUUUCUCAUGCUGAGAAAAUUUGUAAUGCAUUUAUACGAGUACGAUGCAUACUUUUGCAGUUCAUAGCCCGCCGGGAAUCCGAACAUUAGCAGAGUUGCCGUCCGGGAUAUCAUUCUCGACAAGAAAACGGUGGCGGCGUGGAGAAGGCGAAGGCGAAGGCAAACGAAAACUUCAAGUAUCAAUGUCGAGGACGAGAAACACGACAACAUUUCAGCAGCACAAAAAGGCACACAUCCAGAUCCACCACCGUCAGCAAAUAGAAAGAGUCAGCGGGAGGUGAGCAAGAACGAAGAUGACGACUUCGCCCUGCAAAGCGUCCUGCGCAACGAUGAGGUGAUGACCACGUGUCCGGUAGUUUCAGACCAACUCCUCGGGCAGGCGGUCAGCAUGGUCAAAUCGGAUGAAAAUCUUGCCAAAGCCAAUCUCGACCACAACUUCGAAAGCUGCGUCCUCUGGGACCAGUACCGCUUGUGUGGUGGCCCGUUGCGCCUGCCGGUGGAAGGCUACCCGAGCGAGCUGAUCCUGCUGGGGCUGGGAGUCGGUAAGGUCGUAGAUUUGAGAAGGAGGAGAGUAGUUCCGACAGCUUCUGCCGACGCAGGAGUUGUAGAGACCACUUCACCACCCUCCGAAAAUAAAUUUGUUCUCGAAUUCGCCCUUCGUUCCGUGAACGGUGCGGCGCAACUGUCCAUCGAAACCCCCUCCCGGUGCGAAUUGCUCUACGGUGCAGGCUACCACCGGGCGUGGCUGGAGAACACGGCGUGCUCGGUCAUCAAACACGAAUCUUUCGUCAACGAGGUGCAAAUGCGCAGGUUCUUUCCCCGAGCCAGUCUCCCCGGGUUCGUGAUCCAGUGCGUUAUCUCCACCAAAACCUCGGAAAUCGCGCGAAAAUUGGCGAAGAAAGACACGCAGUUUCUCUCCAUCGACUCCUUCAGCCUGACGUUUGAAUACAGUGGGGUGCAGGGCCACCACGUGAAGCUCUUUCUGCAUCAGCUGGAAAAGUUGAACAUUGUGAAGCAGAAGCUCAAGGAAACGGAUCCGAACUACCUGUCGAAAGUGUUGGACCAGAACAACUUCGGCAUGAUGAGCGACCGGAUGACCACCCUGUUCGCUGUGCCGGUAUGCCGGAUAGCAGAACCACCAGACGAACCUGGAUUAUUAGACGAGGGAGAUGCAAGAAAGAGGAAGAAGGUGGUGAUCAAAACCGCUGCUGACGUUUUCCGCCCAGCCUUUGACGUUUUAUGGAGCCGAGCGAUGGAAUUGGAACAUCAAACGACAUCCGCUAGUAGUAGAAAAGGCAGCAUGUUGACUAGUCCGAAGAGUAUAAUUGACAAGCAGCACUUGGAGUUCGGCACCUGCCUGCCAGGGUUGUUCGGACUCCGCAGAGCGGGCAUUUUCCAGCAGCAGGGAGUGUUGCUGAACCAGUGGACGGAAGUGCAGAAAGCGCAAAUCGCCCCCCGGCAGAUCUCCAUGUACGAGCUCGGUCCGCCGGACACGGCCAGGCCGGACCUGGAAAAGCUGCGAGAGAUCUUAGGGGAAGAUGACGCAGCCGCGUCCCAUGAACUUCCACAUGAUGUUGACAAUGACAGCACGUCGAGUGAUUCGAAAACGAAAAAUCUUCGGCCACAGAUGAACCAUCAGCAAAGCAAAAUGACUAAGGUCGAGAGCUUCUCGCUCUACCGCGUGGCGCCGGAGCUGAUGACUCUGUACUGUGAAGACCGGAUCAACAGCGCGUCUAUGGAGUGGGACCUGGUCGCCGCGCAGGGACUCGUGAACACGGCCUGCCUCUAUCGGAAUCGCCACGUGGACUGGCUUCUGUACACGGAUCUGGACGAGGCAAUGGUCCCGGGGAGCCGGUACACGUGGGAUGAAAAUGAUCAAAGCACAAAAAAUAAAGUCGUAGCUGAAACUAUUGAGAGGAAAAAUCCCCCCUCCCCAUAUCGAAAAGGUAUGUUUCCGAAAAUUUGUCUUGCUGAUUUGAGACCACAAAUCACGUCUGUCGUGCAAGAAGACAACUCCGCAGGCUCUGCCGCAUUAUGCAGGCGGUUUGUGAUGCUGUUGGGCCUACAGCAUAGACGUUUCUCAUGCUAAGUGCCUAGGCCAAAACCUCUCUACUCAGGCUUGGCAGGAGCCUGCAGUCCUCUACUGCAAGACAAACCUGAUUUGUAUACGCAGAUCCAGCGUCAGAAACUUCCGUUUGAUAUGGGGAGGGGGGAUUUUUCCUUGUGAUAAAAACUACUGCACAAACCCGCCCAACUACUUUUCACGAGCGCUUUCGCACCUACUUCGGCACUAUCAAAUGCAAAAAUGUCUGGGUCUGGAAGAUUCCGAGACUUGUCAUGCAGAUUUUCCAUGAUCCAUGUCAUCUGCAAUGCAGAACCUAACAUGACAGAUUCUGCGGGAUCCCUAUCAUGCCUAUCCUGCAUGAGAAACUUCCUCUCAACUUCGUCAAAAGCGGGCAACUUUUGGCAUUCUUGCAACACAGAUUUUUGUAUGAUCCAGAAUUAGCAUCACAAGCUUCAACCUUCCAGACCCAGACAUUUUUACAUUUGAUAGGCACCACGCCCGUCGGGUACGCGGAGAGGAAAACGGCGGAGUGCAAGAUUCCCCCAGGAGUCUUUUCAGGCUCUACUAGUAAUGACGCUCCUGCUGUCAACGUGGCAUCAAGAGCUGCAUCUUCAGCCGCCCAACCGCACCAAGAAAUAGGUUUCGAGUCCGCCAUUACCCUCCCUCGGCCCGUCACCUCCGGCGUCUACAUCCAGGAGAUCACCUACGGCGGCCCCGAUGACUUGCAGCCGCUGUUUGUGGAGAAAGUGGAGCAAAUUCCGGACGCGGAGACCAAGGUUCUGACCGACUUUGACGUCGUGUCGGAAGUCUGGCCAACGCCCUGGGACCGCUGGUCCUUCCGCCUGCCGAUCCCGAAAACGCCGGUGCGGGAAUUCGUGUUUCCCCGUGGGCCGAAAGUAGAGGAUGAAAAAACGAGUCUGGAGAAGUUUGGCAGCAAGACUGGAAGCAGUUUCCCGCACGGACACAUGCUGCUGAACAUGAUGAAGCGGGAAUUCGGCGAGCCGUAUUCCGUCCAAACGGUGAUGCAGACGACGGGGGGCGAAAAAGCAAAUAUCCUCUCCGAAACGACGCACGAGGACGGCGUGCCGAGGUUUGUUUUUGAAGAUCCGGAGAGGAUGUUCCAUGACGGCGUAAGUAGUACCAAUAUAACCCAGGGCGGUGUAUGCCAUCUCAGCCGCGACCGCGUGCACCAGAUCGGCCUGGAAAAGUUAGAGAACGGAAACAAAUUGGCAGGCGAAUUUCUCCAGAGCCUCACCGUCAUUGCUCCGGAUGAGUACCGCCCGAUCAAGGAGGCCAAUGCCGCGGGGAGCCGCAAAAGCAUGAAGAGCACCGCCGUGCGCCCCGGGGAGAUGCUGCUGGUCGGGCAGCGGUGCAUGCGCGGCCGGGUCGGGACGCAGUUGCACAUCAGUCGCAUGGCCGAUUUGAGCAUCCACCACUACCGCUACGCGAUGAGCCGCCCCGCCAGCGAUUUUGCAAAGAAAAUCAAUGUGAUACCCAGCCUGGAGGAAAAAGCGAAGAUCGAUCGGGCGAACAGCGUCGAAGAGGUCUACCCAUCCAAGGUGCACGACCCAGCGGCGACUUUGCGGCUGCACACGGUAUUCGACCCGGUGUUUGCACAGCAACUCAGCCGGGAGGAGGAGUAUGGGAAAAAGAUACAGAUAGCUGGGAAAAGCAAAAGCGAUGUGUUGAAAGAACCAGAAAUUAUAUCCACAAGAAGUACAUCAACAACGACCACAAGUACGACGGCACUACAUGAAGAGUCUUCGUCCGCCCGCGCCGAGUCAGAAUCUUCUGCAAAUAAGCCGGAAGAUCUUCAUGGGAGUACUUCUACCUCCGUACCUCACUUCAGCUGCACCGAGGUGGUCGCUUCUGACAGCUACCUGCAGAGAACACUGGACAUCUUCCUCAGGCCCGACGAUGAGAAUGAUGAAUCUUUAGACAUCGUUGACACAGGAAGGGCGUCCCGUCUCGAGCGAGAAAAGGAGGAGGAGGAAGUUUUCCGGGGUUUAGGGCUGUGGUUGAAGCGGGUACUGAACCUCGACGAAGGCCCGAUCUCCUUCAAGCGGUUUUUGUCUUUGGUGUACGACAACUUUGUGGAGCUGAAAACCGUGCCGAAUCUAGCUUUCGAAACGCAACGGUACGACAAGAGAAAAAUCCCCGGGAUCAUCGACGGGAGGACGCCGACACUGCGGGACGGCUUGGUCCGGCUCGUUUUCAGUAACAAGUGGCGGAAACUGAUCAAAGUCGUGGCCGAAGCGCUGGCGGUUCCGUGGCAACACCACGUCGCGUUACACGACAACGCCGUCUUGGAAGACCGGCAUAAACUCUUCGCGGAAUAUAUCAAAUGCAAAAAUGUCUGGGUCUGGAAGAAUGCAACUUGUGAUGCUAACUUUGGACUCUAAAAAAAUCUGUAUGGUAUGACCAGCAAUAGGAGCCCACUUUGUGCUACGCGGGGAGGGCAUUUGUCAUGCGGGAUAGGCAUCAGGAAGGCCUCUAAAAAUAUGUGAUGCCAGAUCAUGCAUUACAGACAUCUUGAGUCAUGUAAAAUAUGCAUGACAAACCUGGCAACCUUCCAGACCCAGACAUUUUUACAUUUGAUAGAGUACGAACGGGGGGACGUGGCGUUUAAGGACAAGGACGAGAAUAUGAACUGCAAAUAUGUCUGGGUCUGGGAGAUUGCGAGAUUUGUCAUGCUCGUGUGGCAUGACUCUAAGCUCUGUAUUGCGUGCCCGCGAAGAGGUCCUGGUCCUAUUGUGUGUCAUGCAAAAACGCAGUUUCUCAUGCGAGAUACGCAGCACAGAAACACGAAAAAACUUGUAAUGCUUGGCGGCGCAUUACAGAGCACUUUAUUGUUCACGGACUUGCAUCACAGGUUUCCAGACCCCGACAUUUUUGCAGUUGAUAGCGAACUUCCUGAUCCCGAUCCUCUACCUGGCGAACUUGCAGGAUUUGAACCUGAAAUCGGUUUCAGGGCCAAGGGCCUUAAAGGAUUACCGCAAGCUGGUCAGCAUCGAGCAACGAAAAUACUGGACGCGGAAUUUCGUCCGGGACUGUCAAAACGCGUUGCAGUUGAACUUCCUCAGCAAGACAAGCGGUAGAAGUACGACAGCUGGUGCGGCGCAAGACCUUCUCAAGAGUACUGCCAUCAUUGCUUCUUCUGACCAGGACGAGACUACUAGCAAGGGAGCUGCAAGUGGUCAUUUUCAAGACGACGAACAGCGGCUCACGUCCUUUCAAGUAAAACAUCUUCGGGACGACAGCCACAUCUACCCGUCGCUGCGCAAGCUCUACCUCCCUGCGUACGCGACAAAGGAAGAAGGUACUAGUGCGACCUCGUCCUACUCCUACGGGUUGAACUAUGUCCAUCUGCGGCCGCACAUCCUGGGCUACAAAAACGACACCACCGACGCGGAGAAGAAGCACCACGAGGAGCGCAUGGCGGAGCUGCAGCAGGCCGGGCGAAAUUCGCAGGGGGACUACGCCAUCAACCUCGCGUCGGCAGAUAAGCUGCUGGAAGAAUUGAGCAGUAUCGAAGAAAUCUACGCCGAGGCGGAAGGGGAUCCGCAGAGGAUGGCCACCGGCUACACCGAGGAGCAGCAGUCGCUGCUGCAGCUGUUAGCAGACCGGGUGUUCACGCAGCUGCAGACGUCCGCGCCCAAUUACAAGUCCGAAUUUCUCGCGACCUUUCCCGUGUCCCCGCCAGACAUGGAGUUCUACCGCUGGCCGGACUGGUGGCAGGCGAUGGACUUCAACAUCACCAAGGAGGCAUACUACACAAGUGCUUCCAGAAGUAGUGCAGUAGAGCUUGAUGUUCCAGCAGCUUCUACCUCCCAACCCGUGUGCCACCUCCGGGUCGCUCUUCUUGCCCGUGCGGAAGAAGUGUUAGCGUGGUACCUAGAGGAAACCAUGCAGCGCACCGAGAUGUUCCAGUCCCAAGUCAACCGGUUUUCGCGCCUCGCGUAUUACAAUGAAAAAUGCCCCCACCCCCGAACUUGGGAGCAUUUGUAUUGCAAACCUUUGCAAAUGAAACAUUCGCCCUCUUGCAUCUAUCAGCAUCACAAAUUUCCAAUCGUGAAUAGAAAAAAUUUGCAUUGCGCAAGAUCCCAGCAAGAGCGGCGCUUGUCAUGCAAGCAAUGCGAUAUACGGCGAGACUCUGCAUCAGAAAGAUUCAUAGUCCUUUCAUGCAUGACAAAAAGUUUUCAUUUGGAAACUUUGCAUCACAAAUCAUUGCAACUUUGGGGGUGGGGGCAUGUUUCAUUGUAAUGUCGCACUGAACCACAUGCACGUCCGCCCAUCUUCGGUGGACGACCCGAUGCUGCUGCUUUUUUACUACCUGCUUUCUGACUAUGGGAGUGUCAGGAUUGAAAUCGUCAAAGUUGAAAUGAUUUGUCAUGCAUAAAAUGCGAUACAAAAAGUGACUCCAUUGCAGAGAACGCACGGGCGGCGGAUUAUAGUCCUGGUAAGGGUCAAGAGUUGGACUGCUGACUAGCAUGACAGAAGGUAGCUCUUUUGCCCUAAACCGCAUGACAGACUCGCUUCCAGGACCAGGAAAAUUUGUCAUGCACCGACUACAAACUGUGGGUCUAACUGGUAUCCGUUUUAUGCGUGACAAACUAUUUCAACUCUGACGAUUUCAAACCUGACGCUUCCAUACUGACGCGUUGUUCCCACUGUUGUACGCUUAUAACCGGGAGCACCGGCUGGCGUUUGACCAAGUGCACCGGCACUACCUCCGGGAGUUUGUGCUCACGAAGGAAAUGGCGAAGGGGUACUGUACUUGAUCGAUGAAUAGACACGAGCAACAACAUGCCAAACUUUUCUUGGUUUAAUGCGCUUGGCUCGUUCCUACGGAAGGAAAAGGAUAAUCAGAUGCGUGUGCCGCGUUCACGACCGUGGUCUCCGUCUUUGCCUGUCUACUUUUAGUCAAAGUAAAAGCGUAGGCCUUAGUGGAAGUGAAACAGAAAUAAAAAACAGGUUUGGUGUCCUCUUCGAUGAGGGCGGCGGCGGGGGCAAGUGGUUCGAGUCGGAAAAUGCACAGGGCGCACAGGCGAAGUUGGGACGGGUGUACGCGCGGGUGUCGAAUGAUCCCAACCGGUUCAUCAAGGUUAUGAAGUUUUUUUUGUUCUUGAAGCUGGUGCAAAUUGACAACCGCUGCGUGAUGCAGAGGUGGAUGUACAAACGCGUCACGAGCUCGUUUCUUUAGGUCACAAGAUUUGCAUUUCAUAGACACUUAAUAUCACAUUCACACUAACACUUAAUGACAAUGAUUCGGAUUCUUUACCAUUUCGGAGCUCGAUUUGGUGAAAUGUAUGAGAAUAAAAACUACAAAUAAUAUGGAUUUUUGAGUCGAAACUUCAUUUCGCUAGUCUCGUCUUUCUUUCACUCUGCUGCUGACCUAUCUUCUUUGGCGAUUAUCAAAAAUCAAAGUGAAAAAUAAGAUUAUGAUUGAAACGAAAAUCACAGAUACAGAUGACAUGUUGAAUCUGGAAAAACAACAUAUGUGGCAAAAAUGUUAAGCAUAAAUAAUGGAAAUAUUUUCACUUUCAGAAUAUUGCGACUCAGAAGGCCAUGAUAUCGCAUGUGAAAGUUCAUUGACCAAGUAUGUAAUUUGAAGUUCUCUAGCAGGUAUGGGCGCAAGAAGCGAAAGUUACCAAGGCGAAAGUUGUGGAGCAAAAAGUAAAAGAGUGAUUCAGGCACCCCGAUGAUCAAAUCAACACCAUCUUCAUCCGAG